CAGUCCAUCACAGGCACACCAGCCCAGUGUGGUGACACCAGAGUCCAGCUGCAGGUAAGAAACUGCUGAUGUCAACUGUUAAAUUUAAGUCGCUUAAUUGGUUUUUUUUUUUAUUUGUUUGUUUUUAAACUAGGAUGGAGAGGAAGAAUUUAACCGUGCUAAACUGAUGAAUAUAGGAUUCGCAGAGGCUUUGAAAGAAUAUGACUAUGAUUGCUUUGUGUUUAGUGACGUAGACCUCAUCCCAAUGGAUGACAGGAACAUCUACAAAUGUUACAGCCAGCCGCGACACCUCUCCGUUUCCGUGGAUAAAUUCGGAUUUCGGUUGCCUUACAAUCAGAUUUUCGGAGGUGUGUCUGCCUUGAGCAAAGAGCAGUUCACAAAGAUCAACGGGUUCCCAAACAAUUACUGGGGCUGGGGUGGCGAAGAUGAUGACAUCUAUAACAGGUAAAUAAAUCACCCCUUUGGCACUCGCAGUGCCCUCAGGGGUGGGGAU